AUGGAGGAGAAAGCGAUGAAUGAAGAGGAGAAAAUUCGAGAUGAACGAGGCCUCUUGCCCGAUGAUGUACUCGAUCAGAUUGGUGCCGGCAAUCGUCGUCUCUUGUUGUACAUGUGUGGAGCGGCUACUUGCUGGGGUUUAGGAGCGAUGCCUUUGAUGGCCUCAUCCUUCACCUCUGAUACAAAUAAUGCGACAAUGAUCACCCUUGUUGAAGAAUUUAAUCUCACCAACGAUCGAGCCUAUCUAGCUGACUUACCCACGUCAGCCUACAUGGCUGGGAAUAUGAUUGGCGGCACGUUUCUCACAACUGCUUCGGAUAGAUGGGGUCGUCGUCCAAUCUUGAUCUACACUCUGAUUCUUUUUUGGGUGUUCGGUCUUCUUGCGUCGAUGUCUCCCUCAAUUCUCGUCUACGGCUUGCUUCGUGCGUGUCAGGGAUGUUUCUAUACGGGUUCGACGAUCACUGCUUGGGUGGCUGGAUACGAGAUGACACCAAGGAAACUCCGACCGCUCACCACUUUACUUUUCGGGAUCUCGUGGGUGAUCGGCUACUCCCUCGUCGCCCCACUCUCCUACUUGAGUUCUUCUUGGCGAUCUCUUCUCAUUUUCACCUCACUUCCCACAAUUCCGUUCUCGAUUUGGGCAUUCUUUUCUUAUCCAGAGACUCUCCAUUAUUUGGCGAGUCGAUCGAAAACCGAACAAAUUGAGGAAUGGCUGCAAAAAAUUUCAAACGUCGAGAAGUCAAAGAUUCGAGCCGAGCAAAUUUGCGGUCAAAUCAAAAAAGAAAAGGUAAACAUUUGGAAAGAGAUGUGGUAUCACAAAAUCUUUCUUCUCUACUCGGUUGUGAUGAUUUAUUUAUGGGUCUGCGACACAUUCACUUAUUUCGGCCUUUCCCUCUACAGUACCCAGCUCUCCGGUGACAAAUAUGUGAACUAUUUAAUGAUGGGAAUCGUUGAGUUGCCAAUUUAUAUCUUCACUCCAUCACUGCUUGAUCGAUUUGGUCGUCGAACCCUUGUCUCGGGAAGUCAUCUGGUGGCCGGACUGGCCUUCUUAUCUCUACUAAUGAAACCCGGCGAUUCGGUUACAUUGGCAAUUUGGUUGAUCGGCAAAUCGGCGAUCACCCUCUCAUUUAUGGCUUUGUUUGUGUAUGCGAGUGAGGUAUUCCCAACAAAUAUCCGAAAUGCCUCUGUGGGAAUGUGCGCGGUGAUCGCAAGACUGGGAGGCAUCGCCGCUCCGCAAAUCAAAAAUAUGGGUCUAAUCUUCCCGAGUCUCCCCGAAAUCGUCUUAAGCGUUGUUUGCCUCACCGCUGCCAUUCUCACACUGAUCUUACCAGAAACGGUCAAGAAAGCAUUACCAUCUUCGAUCUCAGAAAGUGUUUCCCAAGAAUCUCAAUCGGAAAAGUCGAAACUAGAGAAACCAUUAUUGCCA